GCCAGCUUAUCUCGUCAAAACAGUCGCUGUAUCGAGUAGGGUUAGUUCAUCGUACGUGCGUAUUGGUGUAGACGGUCGUGAACACGUACGGUACGUGGGUAUCUGAUCAUUUAUCCAUCCUCCUCGGUGUCGAUAGAAGCGAGCAGCUCUUUCAAGACACCAUCUCUCAAUCAAUGUUUAUCAAAUGACAAAUGUGACUUGCGAACGUAAUAUCGUGCUACGUUCUAAUGUCAAUCUCGAUGAUUCUGAUACGAAAUGAAAUAAAAUUAAACUAACUUCCCGUUCACGCGUACGUUCAAUCGCAACGCUGUAAUAACGUAUGCCAGAAAAAGCGACACGUCCGUCUCGUCGUUUCUUCCUGUAGAAAACGAGUACGGAGCUGUUGAGAAGGAUUGAGGCUAGAAUGGUUCGCGGCUGUUUCCGUGAAUCGCGUUAGAACACACUAAGUGAGCCGGAUCUAAUCGAGCACGGAUCUCAAGCUCAAGUUUCAUGCCAACGUAACGUUUGUGGACAAUGGAUGGAGAGGAUUUGGCAGAUGUGGAUCCACGGGAGUUGUUGGAGACUCUCCAGACGUACAGGAAGCUCGCGGAUGAUUUGGCGAAUCAUGACACGAUCUUGAAGGACAAAACGGUCUUGUCGUACUUAGCGUAUGUCUUGGAUGUACCUGAUCUAGAUGUGGUUGCUUUAGCUUUAGAUACUCUAGAAGUGUUCGUUAAGAAUGUAGAUAAUUAUAUACACAUAACGUCUACGUUUGGCAUACGUGAGUCCUUGGAGGCAAUUAUAAACAAGUACAGUUUGAGUGAACCAAAGAUAGCCAGUCGAGCGCAGUGCAUCAAGGAUGACAUAGAACGUAUGAAACCACCUAUAUAUAACUUGCGCAGUCGUUGCAGGCGAGUUAUAGAGCCCAAGAAGCUGAAGACUCAUGUAAUAGUAUUGCACGUUCAAGGUCUAUUACCAGAAACCCGCGCCCAACUAGAAACAAUAUUAAUAAGAAUCGAAGGCCUUGUUUCGCUGGUUGUGGAUGUGGAGCAUCAGCGCGUAACGAUGCGUACCUUGAGUUACGUUACCGCGAAGCAGAUUGCGGACGUGAUCGAUAAAAAUUCAGACACUAUGGAGGCAAGACUGGUUAAAAGGAACAAAUUUAAUCAAGAGUUUCUUGUAACAUUGAUACAAGUAGGCGAUUAUAGCGACGGCGAGGAAAUUCCUGACUACUUGCCCGAGGAGGAGGAAGAAGACGAUAGGGAGGGUGUUGUCUCGUUAUUUACCGGUUUAAAGCAAAGUGCUUCAUCUUUGUAUAAAUCUACCGCCGAGUUUCUGAGUAAUUCGUUUUAUUGGUAAAAUCCGUAGAUUGUCUUACAAUUAGUGAUGAAACGAUUGUUGAUUGUUAUGAUUUGUGCGAUUGAUGUAAUUAUAAUUUUAAUUAUUUAAAUCUGUUUAUCUUCUUGAAGAAGGACUGAUAGCAUUUUGUGCAUAUAAAUAGCAUACAAUACCUAAAAAGGUAUAUAUUAAAGAGAAUGAACUGAGGGAAUUUUUUGUAUUAAUCCAGAGUAAUUUUGACUGUUAUUAAAUGUAAUCAUUUAAGAAUCUCGCACUUUUGCCAGGACGUUUUAAUGAUGUAUUAUGAUUGCAGCUGAAAAUGAGUUUGACGAUUUUUAUAGUUUAUUGUGAGUAAUCUUGUACUUUCGAUAGAAAAUUGACUUGUACAGACAGAGAUUUCUAAGCUUUUACAUCUAUAUUUGUACAAAAAAAA